UCCAAACGUGUGUCCCGAUAAAUUGGUUUUUUCGGGAGAAAAAAUGUGAAAAGUGAACAAAUUUUUCAGAAAAAUUACGGAUUGAAAUGUGCCGUGCGUGUCCUGAAUGGAAAAAGUGACUUACUCUAGUAGGAAAAUUGUUAAAACAUCGAAGAAAUGAAAUGAAGUUCGAUCUUCGAGUGUCGAAGAAGAAAAAAGAUGGAGAGCAGAGGAAAGGAUUGAUCUGCAUGUGUUUUUUCUUCGGAAAAUGAAUAAAAUAAUGGUGAAAAAUAUAAUACGAUUGCUUCGAGUUGCCGUUCAGCACCCAAAUUUAAACAUGACUAUGGAAGAUGUAUUUGACAACUAUAUUGGAAUUGAGUCAUGAAUCCAAAACCAGCUGUGAAAUGGAACUGAUAUCGAAGCUUUAUCCACCAUAGCAUACAAUGGCCACCUUACUGGUGGUACCAGUAUGCUGCUGCACCACUUUGCCAGUGAAGAGGAGAACACAUGCAUGAAGAAGCACAUUCGAAUGCACCUAUUCGGGGAAACGGUAAAAAUGUUCACCAAAACCAACCGCGAUAUUCGUUUCUCAAGUGUAGCUAACGGUGAAGACAAUGACAACGCUAGCAGCGAAUACCAAUUUUCAAAAUGUGAAACCAAACUGAAAAAAUACAAAGUGACAAACUCCGAUGAAUACCCAUCGGCGGGAAACGUGAUCAAUGACGGCAGUUACACAGUGAACAAAAGCGCAAAAAACCGUAGAUAUUUCCUAUAACGAUAGUUUCCUGAACCGGAAAUAGGCGUAGUCGCAUUUAGUGUGUACAUAGUGCGAAGUUGAGAGGAUCUGGUCGAAGUAGUGCCAGCCGAGCAUUUGCGGAAUAAUAACGAAAUAGUUCAUAAGUAAUAGUUACAAAAUAGUGCUUCAUUAAUGUUUUGCGAAGUAGUCCAUAAUCAACAGCGCAUAGUGAGAGUUAGGCGGUAACAUAAAUUGAGAAUAAAACCAGCUUGUUUUAAAUUAACAUAUAGUGAUAACUACGGCUAAGAUACUUAAUCUGUGAAAUACGCUAGAUAUCGUAUUUCGGUUCACAACUAGGACAUUACCAAAAUGGCCGAUAUGCCUGAUUUGUCUCAUCUGACACAGGAGGAACGAGCGAUAAUAGAAAAUGUUAUGCUCCGGCAGCGACAGGAGGAGGAGCGGGAGAAUGAGAUUAUGCGGAGAAAACAAGACGAGGUGGCGACGCUCGUCGACUCGAUAAGACAAAAGUCUGAGCAGCAGAAGAAGGCAGGCGUCGAGCUGGAAGCGACCUGUCAUAUUUGCCUCAAAACAAAGUUUGCGGAUGGCAUCGGACACAUCUGCAAUUAUUGCAACAUUCGUUGCUGUGCCAAAUGUGGAGGCAAAGUGACGCUGCGCAACAACAAGGUGAUAUGGGUGUGUAUCGUGUGUCGAAAGAAGCAGGAACUGUUAUCCAAAACCGGCCAAUGGAUAAACAAAAGCACCAGUCCAGAUGGUGUUGCUCGUCGAAUCGAGGGAGACCCAAGGAGUCUUUCUCAUACGGGCCUGGAUCCACUCGAUCCAUCCGACAAACGACCAAAACUAGAGCGCGCACGAAGCGCAGCGGAGAAGGAGAACGAUCCGAUGAUGCGUGCUGGAGGACAACUGCGCCGCCAGUAUUCGCAGCAGGAUGUACCGCCGCGGCGAAUGUCGCAGUCCGACAGUGGGGUGGAUAUUUCUACUGGUCCUCAUCAAACGAGAUUACCUAUACCACGUAUGCAUUCACAGGCUAUGCAACAGCAAAGUCCGUACGGUCAGUAUGCACAACAUCCGGGCCUUCCACAACCACCGGUACAAACGACUCCGUACGGACGACACCAAGCGCAUAUGAAUACCCAAUUGCAGACAACGCGUUCUACCGGAAAUGUGGGAAUAGGUGGGUAUGGCCAGGAGGAUCCGAGCUAUUAUCAGGGUGAAAUUGAAGAUCUAAUGCGUGCGCAUCCACACCUGGUACAUCCUCGACAGCAGCAACACUAUGCUGAGUCGAUGCAAUCUGCUGCCCCAAGCUAUGGCAGCGGAAGCAGCAGUGGUGUCGUACUGUCGGCUGAACCCAUCAAGAAACAUAAGCGCCCAAUGGGCGGGCCCUACCUUCCACAACAGCGAUCUUUCAGCAGUUCCGAUGAGGAUAUCCGAUCAACGCCGGAAUACGAAGCCGGGCAUCAAAGACAGUAUUUUGAUAAUCACUCUCGACUGAAUCCAAGCCUAACUGAUUAUCGAACGAGAAAGCUGGAUGUCCAACAAAGAAAUAACUAUAAUCGAACCAACCACAAUCGGUACCAAAGCCAGCAGACGCACUUGCAUAGUCAGCAGCCGCUACCGCAGGUAGUGGUUGCCGAUAGCACCAUUACUUCUUCGGCGUACGAUAACAAUAAUCACCACCACAGUAGUAGUCAUCAUCACCAUACUCACCAGCCAGUGCCGCAAACCAAUCAAGUUCAUAAUAGCCAAUAUCAGUAUAUACAGCAGAACAGUCGGUACAACGCUAGUACUGCUGGCAAUGACCAGCCGGACCCAUAUUGGGAUGAUCCGGCAGAUAGCAGACGAUUUACCGAGCGAAGAAAGAAAACGGUGAGGUUCGAUGGGCAAGAAUCUGAUGAUUGGGGACGGUGGGAAUCGGAACGACAAGGCAGCCAGGAUUCAGCCACUAAGGACUCUGGAAUCGACACGAGCAGCACAUUCACUAGUAGUGAAGACUCAAACCGAGGCGAUGGUCCAAAGAAUCCGGUUAGUUGGCAAGUGUCAGCAGAUGGCAGUCGUAUGAUUAGUCAUAUGGUACUGCAAAGAAAUAUUGACGGCGAAGACGUUUUAGGACUCAAAGUACGAGGUGGUCAGGUACUACCGAGCGACGCAGCGAUCGUUGAGCAAGUACAGCGCGGUUCAAUCGCGGAUCAGGAAGGACACAUUAGGCCAGAGAGCUACGAACGCCGUGAUAAACCUAGUGUUCUUGUAACGUCGCCGGGCUCGCCGGAUUUGCAUAGCGUUCGAAACUACUCCGCCAAUCUUCGCUAUCCGAACCGACUGACGCCGGCUGCGCCAGUUGUGCAGCAGGAAAAUAGCGUCGGUGGGCGGGUUCAGAUAAAGCUGGGCUUCGAACCGAGCUCCCUGCAGCUGAUCGUGACAAUUGUGUGCGCCGCUGGACUCGUCACCAGGUUGACUGGCGCAGCACGAAAUCCAUACGCCAAAAUUUGUUUGCUUCCUGAUCGAAGUGAGAAAUCCAAACGGCGGACGAAGACACUAGCUUUAACUAACGAUCCUCGCUGGGGCCAAACCUUUGUUUACGAAGGCCUGCGAAGGGCUGAUCUACAGAAUCGUCUUUUCGAGGUUACAUUAUGGGACUACGUGCGUUACGGUGCUAACGACUUUUUGGGAGAAGUGAUAAUCGAUUUGGCCACGCAUCCACUGGACGAUGAACCAGAAUGGUACAUACUGCAGCCGCACCAGGAGUCUAUACGAGAAACUUUGCGUAGAGACGAUAGAGAACCAGGCAACGAAUUGGAUAUGAUUUUAACCCCGACCGAUCAUUUAUCGCCACCGAGCACCACUUCAAGGUUGAGUGACUCAGACACGACUUCCGAAUGCGAUAUAGAUGGUCUGAUGACUGGACGUGACGGCGCUAGCGUAUCAUCACUAGGAAGCUCAUCAAGUCCUCCACCAGAGGUUGACCUACAGGAGCGAAGAUCUCGCCGUGAUAUGUCGCCACAGGGGCGGAAACGUGCGGCUGGUAUGGUAGCAAAGGAUUAUCGAACGGUGUCUGGAGUCGGGCAAGGUUUUCACAAUCAAAUGAGUAAUGAGACAUCAUCUUCCUACCGGCGGAACGGGACAAUGGCACUGAAUCAACGGAGUCAGUCUGCGGCACCAAGCGAAAACUAUCGGGACGAUCGUCGGGGUUCGCUAUCGCCACAAGAUGAUAGAUAUACCGAAUAUCCAGUUCUUCCAUUACACCAGUACGCGCCAAGAUUUCAAUCGCGGUCAGCUACAGCGACACCAACUGGUUCACCGAAGAAACGACAAUUACCACAAGUACCUCACGUGUCACGAAAUGCGGCAAUGCGAGAACGAUUUAUACAGGACUUUGAGGAGCGUAGUGGAGGACGUUAUGCUCGGCACCGGGGUCGUCAGGGCCACCAUCAACCAACGUAUCGGAGUACGGGAAUGGGAGGAUGGGAGCGCCACUAUUCCGGACUUUCUGACAGCGAUCUAACGACACACUCAUUAGACAGUAGAAUUAGACCUAGAAAUUCGUUAUCUCCGGAUAAAGAUUUCAUGGGUGAUUUUGGCGACUCUGAUAUGGAGUCGGUAGUUAGUGUUUCUUCAAGUGCUUUUUCAACUCAAUCGGAACGACCACGUGGAUCAAAAGGAAUAAGCGAUUACGACAUGAGAGAUCGAGGUCGAUACGGGCACAACGGAGGACGAGACGCGUAUCGACGGCGUGAGCGCGAUCGUAACAGUAGUGAUCAUGAGCGGGACCGUGAUCUGAGUGACCGAGAACAACGAGAAUCGCGCGAGCGUACCGAUAUGGAUCGAAGUCUUUCUAACAAUGAGGGCACGCCCGAGGAUAAAAUAGACGGUAGCCUAAGCGAUACGGCCGUGAUACAGAGCUUGGACUCGCGGCGCAAACUGGAUCAACGAUCGCCCAAAAGUGAAACCCCUACGAGGGACCGCGAACGCUUCGGUGCCGGUAUGGGCAAGAAAAGUAACUCUACUUCGCAGUUGUCGGCAACAGACCAAGGAAUAUCGCCAUCAUCCUCGUCGUCAACAUCGCAACGCAAGCGGUCUUCAGCCGGCUCGAUCCAACGAUCGGUCGAGGUGACGCCGAUUCCAUCACAGUCGUCGGCCUAUGGCGCCGGAAGUUUACAUUCAAUCUCUAGCUCCGAGGGUUCCUCGUGGUCACCAUUGCUACGGGUGGCCGCUGAUACGGGACCUUUAUCGGACUUCAUCGAGGGCUUGGGACCAGGACAACUCGUUGGACGCCAGGUACUGGGUGCUCCUGCCUUAGGUGAUAUUCAACUUUCUAUGUGCUAUCAAAAGGGUUCCUUAGAAGUUGAAGUGAUAAGAGCGAGAGGAUUGCAGGCACGUCCUGGCUCAAAAGUACUUCCAGCGCCUUAUGUUAAAGUGUAUUUAGUUUCCGGUAAAAAAUGUAUAGAAAAAGCUAAAACAACGACUGCUAGGAAAACGUUUGAUCCAUUAUAUCAACAACAAUUAGUGUUUAGAGAACCAUUUGCUGGCUGCAUACUACAAGUGACGGUGUGGGGUGACUACGGGCGAAUGGAGGGCAAAAAAGUGUUCAUGGGUGUAGCUCAAAUAAUGCUGGACAACCUAAACUUAUCACACAUAGUCAUCGGAUGGUACAAACUGUUUGGAACCACAUCACUGGUCAGUGGACCACCUAGUUUGGGUCUAUCUAGGCGAUCCUCAAUUGCAUCACUCGAUUCACUUAAGCUGUAAAACUCAUUGACAUCACUAUGUUUAUUUUUCUCCUUCGGUAUCGUUUUCCUUCCUCAUUUCGUCGUUUAGUUUUCGGAACCGUAUCCCUUCUGUUCUCGUUAUCGUUUUGAUUAGACAGCUAGUUUAGUUACAGUGAUUGUUGAUUUUGUAUAGGAAAAUAGUUGAUGUAGAUCGAAUUGGUUUUAUAGCAGGAUACGGUAUAUUGCAAUGGUUAAGUAUUUCUAAUGUCCAAUUCUCCACUGGCAGCAAUAUGCAGUUUUAGAGUAUGUUUUCACCAAACAUGCGGAACCAAUUUAGAUUUUUACAACGGAUGAUGAUUAACAAAACAGGAUACAAAAUAGUAGUAAAAUACUGUUUUUGAUCCAGCAAUUCUGUAUCACGAUGUCACUAAUGAUGUGCUACAGAGUGCACCCAUAAUAGUAGUAACUGUCAAAAACAAUUUGGCAAAACUUAUAACGUGUGUAACCUUUACCACCACUGUACGACCAAAUAUAAUCCCUAUUAGUUAUACGGUUCCCUAGAGUUUUGUUUUGUUAACCUAUAUUGUAAUUGUGUUAUAAUCGACCGGUCUUAGUUACCUUUUUCGACAGAAAAAGGAAAUUAGAGUAAAUAAAUCUGAUAGUUGAAUUAAUUUUGACAUUCCAAGAACGAAAA